UACCCCAGAAACAACAAGUAUGAAUACCACAGACAACGGCCUUAACUGCCUGUGUGCUAUAUGCGGGGACAGAGCAACAGGAAAGCACUACGGAGCAUCAAGCUGUGAUGGGUGCAAGGGCUUUUUCAGACGCAGUAUACGCAAGAGUCACGUUUAUUCCUGCAGGUUCAGUCGGCAAUGUGUUGUUGACAAAGACAAAAGGAAUCAAUGUAGAUAUUGUCGAUUAAGAAAGUGUUUUAGAGCAGGAAUGAAAAAAGAAGCUGUCCAAAAUGAACGGGACAGAAUAAGCACCAGAAGAAACACGUUUGAUGGCAGCAACAUCCCCUCCAUUAACACGCUGGCACAAGCUGAAGUUCUGUCUCGGCAGAUCUCUGGCUCAAGUCCUGGGGCAAGUACUGACAUAAAUGUUAAGAAAAUUGCAAGUAUUGGUGAUGUCUGUGAAUCUAUGAAACAGCAACUCUUAGUCCUGGUGGAGUGGGCUAAAUAUAUUCCUGCCUUCUGCGAAUUACCAUUGGAUGAUCAGGUGGCACUAUUGAGAGCUCACGCAGGAGAACACUUACUGCUUGGAGCUACAAAGAGGUCCAUGGUUUAUAAAGAUAUUUUGCUUUUGGGUAACAACUAUGUUAUUCACCGUAACAGCUGUGAAGUGGAGAUAAGCCGCGUAGCCAAUCGGAUCCUAGAUGAGCUAGUCCGACCAUUUCAAGAAAUUCAGAUUGAUGACAAUGAAUAUGCUUGCUUGAAGGCAAUUGUAUUUUUUGACCCAGAUGCAAAAGGGCUAAGUGACCCAGUAAAAAUUAAGAACAUGCGGUUCCAAGUUCAGAUCAGCUUGGAGGACUACAUCAAUGACCGGCAGUACGACUCCCGAGGGCGGUUUGGGGAGCUGCUGCUGCUGCUGCCCACGCUCCAGAGCAUCACGUGGCAAAUGAUUGAGCAAAUACAGUUUGUGAAACUUUUUGGGAUGGUUAAAAUUGACAACCUACUGCAGGAAAUGUUACUGGGUGGUGCUUCCAAUGAUGCUAGUCAUCUCCAUCAUCCUAUGCACCCACAUUUGUCUCAAGAUCCAUUAACUGGGCAAACUAUACUUAUAAGUUCCAUGUCAACAUUGGUUCAUCCAGACCAAAUCUCCACUCCUGAAACCCCACUCCCUUCCCCACCACAAGGCUCUGGACAAGAACAGUACAAAAUAACUGCAAACCAAGCUUCAGUCAUUUCACACCAGUCUCUCCCCAAACAAAAGCAAUUGUGAAACUAUGUUUACUUCCCAACAGCACUGCAUAAAUGUGAAAAAUUGCUGGUCUUCAAAUAUCUCAGGAUAGUGCUUUUGGCAAACUCUUGGCCAAGCCUUCUCCAUGGUGCUGUUAUAAGAGGGUAUCCUACU